AUGGUACAGGUAUUCAGUAGGUUAGGUAUAGCCCAUCCUCCAGUGGAACCUUUUACUGGUAACGUUAAUGGAAUACUGAGACAGGGUAUUAUUGAGGCUUUAAAUAAUGAUAUCAAUAAAUAUGGUAAAGUAUUUGGGUGGUACAUUGGUACUGAUAAAUGGAUGAUUGUUGUUGACCCAAACAUGCUAAGAGAAAUAUUCAUUAAGAGCUCUGAUCACUUUAACCAGAGACCCGAUAGUCCUGUUAUCUCAAUAGCACGUGAUGAUUUACCCCCUGGACUGAUAUUUCUAAAGAAAGACGAAUGGAGGGUUAUAAAACCAAUAGUGACACCGUCGUUCUCUGCUAAGAAACUGAAAUUAAUGUCACCACUUAUUGAGAGAAGCUGUUCUUCAUUAAAGGAGAGGUUUGCUGAAAUAUGUGAAUCGAAGAAAAGUUCAGAUCUUUUUGAUGUGUUUGGUCAGUUUACAAUGGAGACAGUGUUAGGAGCUGCUUUUGGUUCUCAAGUUAAUGUAUUAAAAGGAGAGGGAGACUCACUCACUGAAGCAGCUGCUGGGAUACUAAAUGAAGCAACUAUCAACCAGUUACUAUGGGGAUACGUCAUUAUGU